AGAUUUGGGAAAGAUAGCAAUGGCAUCAGGAAGUGGUGAAUCCCAUAAGAAGAAAAUUCUUUGGUCGGAUCGGAUGACUCGUGUGAUGCUAGACCUCUAUAUAUUAGAGAAAAAUGAUGGACAUACGAAAGGAGGAAAUCUAAGUGAGGCUGGAAAGGAAAACAUGACGAGAGAAUUUAAUAAAAUACUUGGGAUGAAUUUGACUUAUGGAAAAAUUAAGAAUAGGAUUGACACUUUGAAAAAGGAUUAUUACAUCUAUAAAAAGAUCACUCAUGGAGCGACUGGUCUUGGAUUCGAUCCUGUGAAUGGAACUCUUCAAGCUCCCGAUCAUUGGUGGAAAAGUAAAAUUCAGGUUUAUCCCGAGGCUGAAAAAAUCCGAACAAAUCCUUUGAAGUUUAUACCACUUUUGGAUGUGGUUUGUGGGGACGUAACUAUAGUAGUUGAGAAAUCAUGGCAACCACGACGCGGUUUGGAUUAUCACGCUCCGCCUAUUCCCAUGUGUGAGAAUGAAGAAGGUAGUGAAGAAAAUGAGAUGCCAGCUACAAUACAGGAUUCUACAAAUGGUCUUGCUGAUAUACAUGAAGCACAAUCAAUGUCGGAGUUGCCAAAUUCUUCAAAUAGGUCAGAUAAUGCAGAGGCACCUACCCGACCAUCCGGUGGUGCAAAUCUAAAUGCGGGUCAAAAGAAAAAGCGCAAGCGCAUACCUAUGGAGACCGCA